GGCAAGAUGGAAAAUGUUGAUGGUUACCAGAUGUUGACGUUUGUCACCACGGUCUUCCUACGGGCCUCCAGUUGCACUUUUUUCUUACUUCGUUUCGUUUCCCGCUUCGUUUAGCUUUGCAGAAUUCGAGAAAUUGCUGGCACGUUUACUGGUGUGGCCUCGUGGAUCGUGUGCAAGUGGUUGGCAAUAAAUCUUUAUUCUCGGUUUAAACCUUUUCGAAUUUAGGGUGAAAGUUCGUGUUUGAAAUAUGCCGUAAAGCGGUAUAAGUUUGAUGUUUAAUUUUAAUAACCGCCGAAGUAGGAAUAAUGGAGAAAAGUGUGUUGCCUAAGCGGACUAGUUUUUAUUCAUUAUUUUUAUUUUUUUACUUUUGGGUAUUGUAUCAUCAUUCCGCAGCUCAACUUCCUUCAGGUUCUGCAGAUCUCUUGAGGGCCGUUAGCAUAGAACAUGGACUUGUAGGAGUUAGUCAGACGACAGGAAUCUGCGAUAACAGGGCACUUAGGUUAGACGAAGAUGGUAACCCCGUUUACGGUGCACCGGACGUUGCUUUCAGCAUUGCUCAAACUGCUGUGCUGACUGUCACUACCUCGCAGCUCUUUACAGGUACUUUUCCUUAUGACUUCUCCGUUUUGGCAACUAUUCGACCGAAACAAGGUAUUGAAGCAUUCCUCUUCACUAUUUAUAAUAAUAUCGGGCAAGAAGAAAUGGCCGUCGGUGUUGGUGAGAACGUCACUUUCAUGUGUCGUCAUUCAGCGGAAUUUACUGCAUUAGCGCAAGUUUCCUUUCCGGUUGCAGUGAACGAUGGCAAAUGGCACAGAAUUGCUCUGAGUAUCAAGGGAAAUUCAGUCACAUUGUUAAAUGAAUGCGGCCAACAACUAACAGAAUCGCUCAAUCGAACGGAAAGUUCCUUCAUUGACGCUGCAGGGAUUAUGUUGCUCGGACAGCAGUUAGUUGACGGUGUGUAUUACGAGGGUGAUAUUCAACAACUGCAAAUAGUACCUACUCCAGAAGCUGCAUAUGAACAGUGCAUAGACUACGUUCCUGACUGUGACUCUCCACUUCCUUAUGCUACUGGGCCAGAGGAUACAGUAUUUCCCGUUUUCCCAAAUCCCGGAUUACCUGACUUGCCGCUUUCAGGUGAAGAUGAUGAUGAUGAUGAAUUUCCUGACUAUACGUAUCCUGAACAAACUCCUGGAAUCUUUACAAACUAUACAUUCACGUAUACCCCUCCCGUUGAGAGUAAUCCCGUGGAUGAAAACACUGGAUAUCAUUAUUACAACGUUCAGGGUUUACCUGGCCCUCGAGGUUAUCAAGGACCGCCUGGUCCUCCAGGAGUCAAAGGCGAGAAGGGAGACCAGGGUCGUGAUGGAUUAAAUGGAUUAGAUGGUGCUGUCGGCCCCCCUGGUCACAUAUUUAUGAUUCCAUAUCAGCCUCAAGGAGACAAUAAAGGACCAGAUAAUACCGAACCAUUAAGGCAAAUGUUGAGCCAGCACAUGUUGGCGAUGCGAGGAGCUCCAGGACCUGUCGGAUUAAGUGGUCUCUCAGGACCUGUGGGACCACCAGGAUUUCAGGGUCCAAAAGGAGAACCAGGCGAAGCCGGAGAAGAAGGACCGAGGGGUCUCCGAGGAAUGAUGGGACAUCCAGGUAGACCUGGUCGAAGGGGUCCUGGCGGAAGAGAUGGAGAUAGAGGCCCGCAUGGUCCAAUUGGAGCAAAGGGAGAUGUUGGUUUGCCUGGAAUGCCUGGACUACCCGGAGAAAAAGGAGAUAGGGGUUUUACGGGACAGCAAGGUGAACCUGGGAUGAUAGGGCAUGAUGGACCACAGGGAGAAGAAGGUCAACCAGGACCUCCAGGAUUGCCAGGAGAUAUGGGACCUAGAGGUUUCAUCGGACCUAGAGGCUUUCCAGGAUUGCCAGGACCACCGGGCAUACCUGGUUCUGAAGGGUCACCAGGCGCUAAAGGGAAAGAGGGUCCACCUGGGCAACCGGGACAACCAGGACAAAGCGGUGCAGCUGGUCCUAUGGGGCCACCAGGACCACAAGGGCCACUUGGACCUCAAGGACUCGCGGGACCUAGAGGAAAACCAGGACUACCUGGCCUGGCUGGUGCAGAUGGGCUUCCGGGACCAUCAGGGGAGCCUGGGAUUCCAGGAGCCAAAGGAGAUACUGGUGGACCUGGGCCUCAAGGACCUAUGGGAUUUCCUGGUCAAAGAGGAGUGAAGGGUGAUCAAGGUGUAAGAGGACCCGCAGGCGAAAAAGGCGAAAAGGGAUCAAGGGGUCUGGAUGGGCAAAAAGGUGAUUAUGGUCCUAAAGGAGAUCAAGGAAUUCCUGGUCCAGACGGCACGCCUGGUAUAGAAGGACCUGAAGGACCGAAGGGAUUCGAAGGUCCGAGAGGCGAAAUGGGACCUCCUGGCCCAACGGGUGAGAAGGGUAAAAUAGGAAUCCCAGGAUUCCCAGGUUAUCCUGGUCACCCUGGAGCAAAAGGUGAAAAAGGAUUUUGGGGCAAACCGGGGAAGAAAGGUGAAAAAGGUGAAAGAGGUCAUCAAGGACUUCCUGGAGAUAGGGGCCCUCAAGGACCAAGAGGUAAUCGUGGAGUGCGCGGAAGACAAGGCAAAACUGGACAGCCUGGUGAGAAAGGUAGUACCGGAGAACCUGGUUCACCAGGACCACAAGGUGAAAGAGGACCCCAAGGAGUACAAGGACAAAGAGGUUUUGCUGGUCCACCAGGGCCACCGGGAGCAAGAGGAAAAGAUGGUAAUCCCGGAAUGCCAGGAGAAAGAGGCCCUCCUGGUGAACCCGGGCCACCUGGACCACCAGGACCUCCAGGCGUUGUUGGACCCCAGGGACCAGCUGGGGAACCUGGACCAUCAGGAGAUAUAGGACCUUCCGGUAUUCCUGGUGUACCCGGCGAACCCGGAUUACCUGGACCUGCUGGCAAAGAAGGACCUCCUGGUCCUCCAGGUCCAGUAGGAGAAAAGGGGCCAGCUGGUACUGUAGGACCACCUGGAUUUCCUGGAGACAGAGGAUUACCGGGACCUGCCGGUCCACCAGGAUCAAAAGGCGAUGUAGGAUUACCCGGAGCUCCAGGGCCAUCGGGAGAGAAAGGUGCUAUGGGAUUACCAGGUGAUCCAGGCCCACCAGGUGAUAAGGGACGCGAUGGACCACCAGGGCCACCAGGACCAUCAGGUCCUAAAGGAGAUAAGGGUGAUGCAGGAUUACCUGGCUUGAUGGGAAGAGAUGGUACACCUGGAAACAGAGGUCUUCCGGGACCACCAGGACCAGCAGGUCCUGCAGGAGAGGAUGGUGACAAAGGUGAUACGGGCCCACCUGGACAGAAGGGUCUAAAAGGAGCCAAAGGAGAUAUUGGUCCCGUUGGAUCACCAGGACCUCAGGGAUUAAGAGGAGAUCCAGGUCCAGCAGGUCCUGAAGGUGAAAGAGGUAUGACAGGUCCACAAGGCUCAAGAGGUCCGAAGGGUGAAGAUGGACCAACUGGACCACCAGGGCCACCAGGUCCGGCUGGACUUCAGGGUCUUCCUGGACCUCGAGGACCGAAAGGUGAUAGAGGGGAUCACGGUAAAGUUGGACCCCCUGGUCCUGCUGGACAACCUGGUGAACCAGGACCACCAGGCUCAAAGGGUGGAGAAGGUAUAGCUGGUCCUCCGGGUCCAGAAGGAAAACAAGGACCUAAAGGUGAAGAUGGCCUUCCUGGACCUCCCGGACCAACAGGAAAAGACGGAGAACAUGGACCUCGUGGACCACCAGGACCGAAAGGAGAAGAUGGUAAAAUGGGACUGCAAGGACCUCCAGGACCAAGAGGUCCUCCCGGGCCAGCAGGGCCUAAAGGUUUGCCCGGUAAUCCUGGUUUUCCAGGGCCAGCAGGAGAACCAGGUGUUCCUGGGCCAAAGGGCGCUACUGGAAAGGAUGGAAAUGAUGGAAGCCCUGGCAAUCCGGGACCUCCAGGACCACCUGGUGAAUCUGGUAAAAUGGGAGUUCCAGGAACUGCUGGAAAACCAGGACCUCCUGGACCAGCAGGAAAACAAGGGGACGUAGGCCUUCCGGGAGAGAAAGGAGACAGGGGAUCUGCAGGUCCUCCAGGUGAUCAGGGACCUGUUGGACCUACGGGAACUUCAGGAUUACCAGGACCUCCAGGACUUAGAGGAUCUCCAGGACCUGCUGGAGAUGUAGGACUACCAGGAGCAGCGGGACCUCCAGGGCAGCCCGGAAAUAUUGGUCCGCAAGGAGAUAAAGGAGCUAAAGGAGAGAGAGGAAAACGAGGAUUGAAGGGACAUCGAGGUCAAAUGGGGAGAUCCGGAAUGAAGGGAUCGCAAGGAGAAAAAGGUGAAAGAGGCGAGAAAGGAGUACAAGGACCACCUGGAAUGAAAGGCGAUCCAGGCCCACCUGGCAUGGAAGGACAGAAAGGAAAUGAUGGACCCCCUGGGCAACCUGGUUUGGAAGGACCGCCUGGACCAAAAGGAGCUCAAGGUCCAACUGGUCCUAAAGGAGAUGCUGGCCCAUCGGGCCCACCUGGUCCUCCAGGUCCUCCAGGAGAAGGUCCCCAAAUACCACCUGAGAUACUAUUUCAAAGAGACUAUCCAUAUAUUCGCCAAAAAAGAAGUACAGAUAGGAAAGCGUAUCAAUCAUAUACAGCUGAAAAGGAAAUUGAGAUCGAGAAGGCCGAAGAAAACUCUAUAAACGAGCAGAAGUCGGAAAACUCUCAGGGUAAGCCUGAAAGCUUGCAGGAUAAACUUCUCAACAUGUAUGCGAAUAUCUAUAUAAUGAGAAAAGAAAUAGAUGUCAUCAAAAAGCCUUUAGGAACCCGCAAGAAUCCAGCUCGGACGUGCAGAGAUCUGUACCUUGGUCAUCCUGAUUUCUUAGAUGGGUGGUACUGGAUUGAUCCAAAUCUUGGAAUGGCAGAUGACGCUAUCCAUGUAUUUUGCAACAUGACGGCAAGAGGUCAGACAUGUGUUUUUCCUGAUAAACAUACGGCAAUG